AAAAGCGUGUCCACGUGGACUGGACUCUGAAAUUUUCCUCCUCCCUUCUGGAGUCUUCCUCAUCAGAAAUCAGAAGAGGAGAGGGUGGGCAACUCGCAGAUCGCCUUCUCGUCGCGCUCGCGCCGCAGGGGUCGCCUGAGAACACAUAGACAAUGGUGAAGGCUGUUGCUGUGCUUGCUAGCAGUGAGGGUGUCAAGGGCACCAUCUUUUUCUCCCAAGAGGGAGAUGGUCCGACCUCUGUGACGGGAAGUGUCUCUGGGCUCAAGCCAGGGCUCCAUGGAUUCCAUGUGCACGCGCUCGGUGACACCACUAAUGGCUGCAUGUCAACUGGACCACACUUCAAUCCUACUGGGAAGGAACAUGGGGCACCACAAGAUGAGAACCGCCAUGCCGGUGAUCUUGGAAAUAUAACAGCUGGAGCAGAUGGUGUUGCUAAUGUCAAUGUCUCUGACAGCCAGAUCCCCCUUACUGGAGCACACUCCAUCAUUGGCCGAGCUGUUGUUGUCCAUGCUGAUCCUGAUGAUCUUGGCAAGGGUGGACAUGAGCUUAGCAAGACCACUGGAAAUGCUGGGGGCCGAGUUGCUUGCGGAAUCAUCGGACUCCAGGGUUAGACGUCUCAACUUUCCAACAUACAGAAGCUGUUCAUGUUCGCUCGUAUGGAUGUUGAAAUAAAAAUAAGCACCUGAUGUAUGACCAGUGUGCAGUUUGCCCCAGUUUAUAUAUAUGUGCUAUACUCCUGUCCGAACAUUACAGUCAUUUGACUUGAGUGCAUGCGUUUUAAGUAUCAUUGGUGGACUUGAGUACA